AUGAGCUCCGGGUAUGAUCUACCAGACAACUGUGACUUUGGGAUAUAUGUUUAUGGUGCUCCAAUAUCACCUCAAGGAUUACAGCCUGCACAACAGCUACAGUUGUGGAAUGAGAUAGAUGAUGCUUGUUCGUCUUUUCUGUCCAUUGAUUCCCAGCCUCAGGCAUCCAAUGCACUGGAGGAGCUUUGCUUUGUGAUUAUGGGAAUGCUACCAAAGCCUCAGGAACAAGAUGAAAAAGAUAAUACUAAAAGGUUCUUAUUUCAUUAUUCGAAGACACAGAAGUUGGGCAAUUCAAAUGUUGUGUCAUCUGUUGUGCAUCCGUUGCUGCAGCUCGUUCCUCACCUGCAUGAGAGAAGAAUGAAGAGAUUCAGAGUGGACGAAGAAUUCCAAAGUCCCUUUGCAAGUCAAAGUCGGGGAUAUUUUUUAUUCAGGCCACGGAACGGAAGAAGGUCAGCAGGGUUCAUUUAAAAUGGUAUG